AUAUUCAUUGUAAAUACCAUUGUUAGUGCACUAGCAUGACGUUUAGGUUCCUACCUAGGAUUCGAUUGAAAAACGAUAUAAACCUAUAAUACCGUAACAGACAACUUAUUUUUUCCGCGCAGUCGACGCCGAUAUGAUUAAUAUUAUAUUAUUAUGGUACUUGACAUUAUAAAAUAUCGUACUGUUUAGGUCAAGUUUGUCACGUUUCACACGCGAUUAGAGUGUCAAGUUCAAAGUUGAAUUGUACACGUAUUUAAUAUUAUAUUAUCAUUCCUUCAACGUGCGAUAAAUACCAGCAAUUAUCGAAAUGAACGCUUCGACGACGACUACCAUUUUGAUCUCGACAAUCGUUUUGAUUUUGUGCGCGAAGACAGCUCGUUGUUGUGGUGGUUACGAGUUAGAAGUCGAUUACAUUAGAAACUGCGGCUCGGACAACAUUGUCGAACUGUCCGAUAAAUUUUCCGUCGACAUGAAACCUAAUUGCGAAAUAUAUGUCAACGGAUGCUAUACCGCGCACGCCAACAUCACUAGCGCCAUGGUCGAAUUCACCGGCCAAAAGGACUUGGUAAAGCUGUCGGGCAAAAGGGACGGUUGCAAAGUGCUCGACGACGUGAAAUCGUCGAGUGAAAUUCAAAUGGCUUUGGAAAUACUCGGAUUGCCGAAGAGCUGUCCCGUUAACAAGGGGAAAGCGUGCUUGGGAAUUAAACCGAUUAACGUGAGCAAGUAUAAAUCACUAAUGAACGUAUUUGCCGGCCAUCUCAAGGGGAAAUCAGUAACGACCACUAACGCGGGCAAGUUCUGUAUAGAGUUUUCGGCAAAAUUGGUUAACGUGCUCAUAAAAGCCAUCGGUCACGGUGUGAUUGGUUGAAAUCUAUAAACCUCACUAUUUACCUAUAUCGCAUAAUAUUAUAAUGUAUAAUUGACGCCGUGUCUCGUUUACAUAUAUCAUCAUAUCUAAUCACUAAUCAACUAUAUAAUAAAUUAAAACAUAUUAUAUUUUGUAUCUACGUUAUAUAAUACAAGUAUACAACACGCACUGUCGGGAGAUUGUUUUAACAACAUAAACACUCAUCAGUCAUCACCAUCACGGUCGAAUCCUGGCACGACGAAGAAGAACAACCAUUACGAUCAAGUUUUGCGGUUUUCAAAAAUGUCCAUGGCUACAUAUUAUUAUAACAACACAGUGUUAUUGAAAAACGUGUAAUUUCUUACAAAUUUUUUUUUAAAGCGAAUCUUUAGGUUUUCUGUAAGAACGAAUCUUUUAACGGGUAAAUAUUUCGAGGAUAUAUAGUUUUUUUUAAAAAAAUUUAAAUAAGAUUUAAUAUAAGAUUAUAUUAUAACAGGAUAGUAAUACAGUGAAAAUAUGUACUCAGCUAUACUAAAUCUAAAAUGAUUCUUAAUAAAAAAUAUAUUUGU